AUGAGCUCUAAACAGUACUUUGAGCAGCUGCCCAAGAAGUUGAAGGAUUUUUUCUAUAAGUACCCACCCAGUGUGAAAUAUGCGGUGAAGCCCACGUCCACACACGCUAUGGAUGCCAAUCCCUUCCUUGCCAACAAGCACCCAGUUACUGGCAAGUAUCAUGGUGCCAAGUACUCUGCGAGACGAAUGAGUGACAUAUAUAAGCUGGCGUACAGGUACGGCGUACAGGAUUUACUCCCACAGACCAACAAGCAGUUCUUCGAGGAGAAGUACAACAACAAGAAGUUUAUGAGAGGUAUCUUGACGCCUAAGGGCCACAAACACGAGCUGAACAUGGAGGAGAGAAUGAAGAGGAAGGCUGAAGGUAUCGCUAAUGCUGAGAAGAUACUGGCUGAAGUCAAGGGUUCUAAGUACAAGAGAAGAAUGGAGAAAGUCCAGGAGAAGAAACGUGUGGGAUGGGUAUGA